UCAGCUGUGGAUUGCAAUAUUUUAAAGAUUUUAAUAUUGCACAGCACGUUCCGCUUCCUAAACAUUGUGACGACUGUAGUGAUUCCUAGAUAUAGUAAAAAUUUCAAUUGUAAAUAUUGGCAUAUUGUGUUAAGAAAAAAGAUGUUUUUUGUGUGAAGGAAAGCAGUAAUUCGCCUACCAAUUUUAAGUACUUAUUAAAGGAGACAUCUAUAAACAAUGGCUUUUCGCAAGGUGCUACUGGCCGUUUCGGGAGGGAUUGACAGUGCUGUUGCGGGGCAUUUGCUGAAAAGUAAAGGCUACGAAGUUAUCGGUGCGUUUAUGAAAAAUUGGGAUGAUUUCGAUGAGUUAGGUGCCUGCAGUGGCGAACACGACUGGCAUGACGCACAAAUCGUUUGCCGGAAGCUUGGAAUUCCGCUUAUUCAAGUUAACUUUGUCAAACAUUAUUGGAACAAAGUAUUUGGAGAGUUCCUUUCUGACUACGAAAACGGCCUCACUCCGAAUCCAGAUAUAUUAUGUAAUCGUUACAUAAAAUUUGACGAGUUCUUCAACUAUGCCAUGAAUACCCUCAAAGUUGAUGCUAUUGCUACUGGCCACUAUGCAAGGACAUCAUUUGGCCCUUAUUUGGAAAACUACACCGAUCAAAGAGAAGUGAGACUCCUUCAAGCGUUCGAUAAAUUCAAAGACCAAACAUUUUUUCUAAGUCAAGUGAGACAGAAUGCCCUCCGCAGAACGAUGUUUCCAAUUGGAACGUUCCUCAAGAGAGAAGUGAAAGAAUUCGCACAAGCAAUUGGCCUAGAUAACGUGGCAAAUAAGCCUGAGAGCACUGGCAUAUGUUUUAUCGGUGAUCGAAAUUUUCAAUCGUUUAUCAAUGAGUAUAUUGCCCCCCGUCUUGGAAAUUUUGUAGACAUUGACACAGGCCAAGUAGUGGGAAAUCACAAUGGAAUACAUUGUUGGACAAUAGGACAACGAUGCCGCAUUUCUGGUUGCCUGAAACCGUAUUAUGUAGCUCGCAAAGACGUUAGUUCCAAUGUAAUAUACGUAGCCUCUGGAACAGACCAUCCUUCGUUACAUACACAAGACGUUUUUACUGGAACCCCGUUUUGGAUUCGAGAGACAGCAUUCGGAUCAGUCCAUUCUUUGACUUGUAAAUUUCGUUUUCAACACACAAAACCGCUGGUGGAUUGUACUAUAUAUCAAAGUAAUGAUGAACAAGUAGGACUUUAUGUUAAACUACAUGAACCGUUACGAGCAAUUACGCCUGGACAGUAUGCAGUUUUUUAUUUGGAUGAAGAAUGUCUAGGAGCUGCUAGGAUAACUCAACCACUGAAUUUUGAAAAUAGAUAUAUAGAGAUCAGAUUGUUUGGUGGAACGAGAAAAUGUUCAACCUUGACGAGUCAGACGGCUUUAGGGUUUACUUGCCACACCUAAACCGUGAAUCUCGUA